AUGACUGAGGCCGCGUCGCACUCGCGCGAGCCCACAUAUCUCGAUUAUCAUGCGCGCAUACCCCAACGCCAUGCCUCGAAGCAAGAGCGCAACAGACCUGAAGCCUCGACACAGGCUCAGCCCUCGCUGAACGAGGUCGACGCACCCGAGCCUGUGCAAAACAGACAAGACGACUCUGCCUGGCACCGACAGACACACCUCGAAGACGAGUCUCUCGAGUCCGCUCCGACACCGCCCUCGUUCCGCACUCGGCCUUCGUCGUCACCUCCCUCUCCACAGAGAGAUCCUCCGUCUCCAGUAGCGACUCAGCUCUACAUCGUUUCGCACCUUGUCUUCUUCUCCAUAUGGGGCACACUCGCUCGACUGGGUAUGCAAUGGCUCACCUUCUACCCGGGCGCUCCGCUGGUGACCCCUGUGCUCUGGGCCAACGUCGGCGGCUCGUUCGUUAUGGGCUUCUUAUCAGAGGACAGACGACUGUUUCGCGAAGAGUGGGGUCUGGACAAUAUGAACAGCCAUGCAAGAGAGAAGGCGUUGGAGCAAGAGCAGUCGGAUCCUGCUGCUGCCAAAAAGGCCCACGCAAAGACGAAGAAGACGAUACCGCUAUACAUUGGUCUGGCCACAGGCUUCUGCGGCUCUUUCACUUCUUUCUCGUCCUUCAUGCGUGACGUCUUUCUGGCUCUGUCCAACAACCUUCCGACUCCUGUAAACCAUCCGUAUGCGACGGUGCCUUCGUUUACGUCCACGAUACACCGUAAUGGUGGUUAUUCUUUCAUGGCUCUGCUCGCCGUCAUCGUAUACACCGUCGCGCUUUCUCUGGCUGCUCUCAAUGUCGGCGCACACCUGGCUCUUGCUCUAGAUCGCUUUACGCCUACCUUGUCUUUCAGGCUUACUCGUAGGUUUAUCGACCCACUCAUUGUUGUGCUCGCUUGGGGUUGUUGGUUCGGUGCCAUUUUCUUGUCCAUCUGGCCCCCAGACAGGCCGUCUGGUCCGUCCAGUCGCGGCAGCUGGGCGAACGAGGUCUGGCGUGGUGAGGUUCCGUUCGCGUUGGUCUUUGCACCUAUCGGCUGUCUCCUUCGCUACUAUGCGUCGUUCAAACUCAAUCCAAUUGCCGCGUCUUUCCCUCUGGGGACUUUCGCCGUCAACAUGUUCGGGUGCGCAGUAGAGGCCAUGUGCUACUCCAUCCAGCACGUUCCAAUCACCUCAAGCGCUGGUGCUUUGGUCGGUGGAGGGAGGGUCGGCUGUCAGGUCCUGCAAGGCGUCAUGGAUGGUUUUUGCGGCACUACAACCACGGUCAGUACGUGGGUCACAGAACUGCAGUCCUUGCGACGGCGACACGCCUACGUGUAUGGCAUGGCAAGCGUAGUGGCCGGUCUUUGUCUCAUGGUGAUCAUCAUGGGCAGCGUAAGAUGGACUGUAGGAUUUGACACGCCGGCCUGCGUGACCAUGCGAACCUCGUUAUGA